AUGAGCCAAUUCGUCCCACCCUCUGCUGGGGACGCAGGCAGGCCUCGACAGCCGUUCUAUCCGCACCGCAGGUGGUGGAAACAGGCCGUUGCGCUGCUUUUCCUGUGUCUCGUGCUGAACUAUCUGCUCCUCGCCCCAAACUUUGGCUUCGUGCUUCCUCACGUUGACCAAAGGGGCUAUCGAGUGCCGGGGUUUUCAGCAAACCAUGACAGCCACGUCUUGCCUCCCCCUCGUGUUCUGAACUCACCCGGCCUCAGUGAGAAUGAGUGCAAAGCCGCGUUCCCGGGCCUCACAAAAGACAUUGAUAAUCACGUCAAGCUCGGUCCAUUUGUGAUGACUGAUCGCUCGGCCGGGUUGAUUGAGGUCAGGGUGAAAGACAGACAGGUGAGUCUUCCGCUUCGACUGGGUGGGUCACCAGCAAUUCCAAACAGGCAAGAAUUUGACACCUCGGCCGAUGCAUUCCAGGCCCGGUCUGCCACGUUACAGCAAAUCUACCGCGCCAUCAUCACCUCGCCCAGCCCCCUGCCCGAGACUGUCGUCACCAUCAACGUGCAUGACCAGCCGUUCGGGGCCGCCUGGUCAUACUCUCGCCCAGCAUACGCCGUGCCCAGCGCCGGCGCGGCGCCCAUAACGCGCGCCUUCUUAAUGCCGCACUUCUCCUUCUGGGCCUGGCCACAGCCCUUCAUCGGGUCCCUACCCCGCGCAGCCGCAGCCAUCGACGCCAUCGAGGCAUCACUGCCGUUCUCCCAGAAGGACGCUCGCCUCGUGUGGCGCGGCACCGUUGGAUUCAACAGCGCGCACCACCCGACCCUGCGCGAGGACUUGACCAAGGCGGCUCAUGGCAAGCCGUGGGCCGACGUCGAGGCUCUGCGCUGGGACCAAGGGGAAGGCGGCGCCAACGGGACGGCCAUGCCGUCCAACGCCCUCAUGGUCGAGGACUUUUGCCGCCACAAGUACGUGCUGCACACCGAGGGCGUCACGUACAGCGGCCGUCUGCCGUUCUUGCAGAUGUGCCGGUCCGUGCUGCUCACGCCGCCGCUCGCCUGGCUGCAGCACACGACCCACCUAGUGCGCCCCCUGUUUUCGGCAGAUCUCGGCUUGGAGGGUGGUGCUGGUGGAUCGAAGUCGUCGGAAACGCCUGCGCCACGGUGGACGCCAUCUGGGGGCGAGAGCACGGCGUGGCCGAAGCACUUCACGCCGGGCGAGGCGAAUGCGGUGUUUGUGUCGCCCGACUGGUCGGAUCUGGAGGCGACAGUGGCAUGGCUGGAGCGGCAUCCAGAUGUUGCCGAGGGGAUCGCUGAGAGGCAGAGGGACCUGUUUGUCGGUGGCGGAUAUUUCAGUCUCGCGGCCGAGACGUGCUACUGGCGGGCACUGGUCAGGGGCUGGAGCACGGUGGUGGGGGCCAGGACGCUCGGGGAAGGUGGCGGCAUGGAGGAACGCGCAGUGAGGUGGGAGGAAUUCGUGUUGCGUCCUAGGUGA